ACGCGCAGAGGCGCAGAUCACACUGCCGCACGCCGGCGCUUGCCCGUAGAAACGACCAUGGCGGUGGCUGCGGUCGUGGCGGUGCUCACGCUCGCGCUGGCCACGGCCUCGGAUGCGGCGGCCAGCGGCGCGCCACGAAGGAGCCCGCGGCCGGAGGCCGACCUCGUGACCGGGCUGCCCGGGCAGCCGGCGGUCGGGUUCAGGCAUUACGCCGGCUACGUCGACGUCGGCUCGGGCGGCGGCAAGGCGCUCUUCUACUGGUUCUUCGAGGCCGAGCGGGAGCCGGAGAAGAAGCCGCUCUUGCUCUGGCUCAACGGAGGGCCUGGAUGCUCCUCUGUCGCCUACGGCGCCGCCCAGGAGCUGGGCCCGUUCCUCGUCAGGAGCUACGGCGCCAACCUCACUCGCAACGCCUACGCGUGGAACAAAGCCGUGAACCUGCUGUUCCUGGAGGCGCCGGUGGGCGUGGGGUUCUCCUACACGAACCGGACGGCAGACCUGCGGCGGCUCGGCGACCGCGUGACGGCGCAGGACUCGUACAGCUUCCUCCUCAACUGGCUCGACAGGUUCCCCGAGUUCAAGAGCCGCGACUUCUACAUCGCCGGGGAGAGCUACGCCGGGCAUUAUGUUCCACAGCUUGCGGAGCUCAUCUACGACGGGAACAAAGGGGCCAGCAGGGGGAGAGUCAUCAAUAUCAAAGGUUUCAUGAUCGGGAACGCGGUGCUGAACGACGCGACGGACCAGCUGGGCAUGGUGGAGUACGCGUGGAGCCACGCCAUCAUCUCCGACGAGCUCUACUCGGCGGUGCGCCGCGAGUGCGACUCCUUCAAGGAGGAGGCCGACGGCGGGCGCCCCGGCAAGGGCUGCUCCCCGGCGCUCCGCGCCUUCCUGGGCGCCUACGACGACAUCGACAUCUACAGCAUCUACACGCCGACGUGCCUGCUGCCCGCCGCCGCCGGCGCCACCCCUCGGCGCCCGGCCGCGAGGCUCGUCGCCGCGCCGCGCCUCUUCUCCAAGCAUGAGGCGUGGCACAGCCUGAAGCGUGUGCCGGCGGGGUACGACCCGUGCACGGAGGCGUACGUGACCAAGUACUUCAACCGCGAGGACGUGCAGCGCGCGCUCCACGCCAACCGGACAGCCCUGCCCUACCCGUACUCGCCCUGCAGCGAGGUGAUAAGGAAAUGGAACGACUCGCCUGCCACCGUCCUGCCCAUCCUCAAGAAGCUCAUGGCCGCCGGGCUGCGCGUCUGGGUCUACAGCGGCGACACGGACGGGCGGGUGCCGGUGACGUCGACGCGAUACAGCAUCAACGCCAUGGGGCUGCGGCCGCGGGGGAGGGCGGCGAACCGGUCCGCCGCCGCGGCCUCGGCGGCCGACGUGGCGCCGGAGCGGUGGGGCGGGUGGCGGGCGUGGUACUACCGGCAGCAGGUGGCCGGGUGGGCGGUGGAGUACGAGGAGGGGCUCACGCUGGUCACGGUGCGCGGCGCGGGCCACCAGGUGCCGCUCUUCGCGCCGGGCCGCUCCCUCACCAUGCUCUACCACUUCCUCCGGGGCCAGGCCCUGCCGGCCGACCGCUCCCGCUAGCCGGCGACGGCGAGCACUCCUGCUCCCUCGCUCGCUGCGCCAGCUCCUGAAGUAAUUGAUCGUUUUGCUUGCUUAGCUAAAAGCUAGAGCUUGUUCUCCUUCAAAAAAAAAAAAGCUAGAGCUUGACUGGGUAGGUAAUGCUAUGGCGCUGUGAUGCGUGAACGUACUCCCUGCAAUGCGGAGGCAGAGAUGUAAACGUGCCGUGGAAUUGUCUCCCCUUCAAUACAUGCAACAAGCCCCAUCUAGAUCUAGUUGAUGAAAGCUGAAA